AUGCCUGAAGGCCCCUCGGUGAGGAGGUUUUACUCUCUAGCCUGUUUGUUUGUUGGGGAAGUUGUGCAGAGAGCUACAGGGAGGACCAGGCAAGUGCGUCCGGAACAGUUGGUGGGUUUGAAGCUGCGGCAGUGUCAGGUCCAUGGCAAAAAGCUCUACCUGGGAUUCACUUCUGGCUGCAGACUGGAAUCCAAGGGUGCAGAGAUGGUGAUUGCACAAAGCCAGGAAAGGCCGGACCUGGCCUUGGGGCCAGUGCUGGACAUUCCCAGCCGGCAGCAAGUAAUGGAUAGUGCCCUGGGAGAGGUGGAGGUGGAGGUGGGAAGCAGCGCUCUCUCUGGCCAGAGCCCAUUGACUCUCCAGCGGGAGGGGCAGUGGCUACAAUUUCACUUUGGGAUGUUCGGAAGUGUCCGGGCCAAUGGGUUCUCACGGGCAAAACGUGCCAAUAAGAGGGGCGACUGGCAGGAUCCACCACCCAGGUUGGUUUUGUAUUUUCCAGGAGGGCAGUUCCUCGUGUUCUAUAACUGCAGGAUCUGUCCCUGUGGCAGCCCUCCCUCUGGCCACACCUCAGACAUCCUCUGCCCAGAGUUUGACAGAAAUCUGGCACUGCAGGCACUGCAACUAGCUCAGCCUAUCUGCUAUACCCUUCUCAACCAGCACCUCUUCUCUGGCCUGGGUAAUAUCAUUAAAAAUGAGGUGCUGUAUCUGUCUGCGAUUCACCCCAUGUCUUUGGGCUGCCUGCUCGAUAUCGAGAAACUCCAGACUCUGCUGGACCAGGUGAUCCAGUUCAGCCACGAAUGGCUGGACAACAAGACGAAGGGAAAAGGCUUAAAGUACCACAUCUAUCAGAGGGAGCGGUGCCCUGAGGGCCAUGGUGUGGAGAGGGCAGAGCUGGGACCACCUCAUGGGCUCCAGAGAGCCACUUGGUGGUGCCCAGUGUGCCAACCUGCGGUGCAGUAAGCUGCUGGCUGAAGCAGUGUUAUUUGCUCAGGUGGCAGGAUCUCAUAGGGCAU